AUGUAGUACUCUUCAGAUGAUAUGGAUCAUGAGGUGCUAGAUCAACAAAGCUUUAUAAAAAAUGCUUAAAAAAACAAGACAGAGAUAAUUGAGAUAUUGGAUUAAAUUGAAACUUAAUUAAACGAUGAGAAUACAUUAAAUCAAGAAGAGUUUGUGGAAAUUGUUAAGCAAAGCUCAGUACUAGAGAAGUUAAGACAAAUAACGGACCAAUGUAAUACAGACUAUAUCAGAGAAAUUCUAUUGGAGAAAGAUCAGGUUUAAAAGAACUACAGUUUAGCCUUAACAGAGUUAAAGAAUCCCACUAAAAAUUCCUUUAUUUUCUAAGUUUAAAGAGACAACAAGUCUAGAUCAUUUGUAGAGAAAAGCAAAUUCAGCAAAAGCUUCAAGCCUUAAUACAAUAAGCAAAUUGAAAAUAAAAGUUUAUCUGAUCUGUCCUCAUAAGAAAUGGACCAAGAUAAGGAUUCUGAUAUUUUUGAAGAAGACUCAAAUCCAAUGAAAAUUCAAGAAGACCAGAUCGAUCAUUUAGUUAGCCAGUGUGAUGAUUAUGAACAUCAGCUAAAUAUUUUGAGUGCCAAAAACGGCAGAAUGCUAUAAGACUUGGAGGAAGCUAUUUAAUCUAAAAUUGAGGCUGAGAAGCUAUCCCUCUAGUAUUAUGAUUAAUUGAAAGCUCAGUAUUUAAUCAAUGAGUAACUGAAAUCUGAAAAACUUAGAAUUAUUGAGGAGCAAGAUGAAAUGAGAGAACAAAUGGAUUAGAUGCUCUAAAACAAUAUGUAGAAUAGGGAUUAAAUUCUAUCAUAUGAGAAAAACAUGACAAUGGCUAAUUAAGAGCUACAGACCCUAAGGCAAGACAAUGAGUAUUUGAAGGAGAAGCUAGAUUAGAUGUGUGAACAAUAAGAUGAUCUUUAUGAUACUAUUGAGAGAUACGAGACAGAAUACUAAUUCAAGAUUGAUAAUCUAAACAAAGAAGUUCACCAUUUGAAAUAAACUAAUCAGUAACUGGAGAAGUUGGCUUUUCGAAAUCCUACUUCAGAUCAAAACUUAAUAAAUAUUCAUGGUUGCAAAUUGCAAAAACAUCUUAGUGCUCAUAGUUCAUAGUUCGGUAACUUAACUAGUUCAAAUGGAUCUUAAAGAUUCCAAACUCCAAAGGCUGCAAAUGAGCAUAAUGGUAGUAAAUCAAUAAAAUAUUGUGAUUUGCAAGUGAUUGACCAAGAUGAGGUCAGUAGCGACAAGAAGAUUUACAAUUAUAUUGAUUCACAAAAUAAUAAAGCGCUUAAUGAAGAAUUUUAGGCUUUUGAUAAUGAGUACUUUAGAAAAUAAGAUUGCUUUUAGUCAACAUCUGAUUUGAAUUAGGAGAUUAUGUUAACUCAAGAACAUAGGAAAUCAACUAACAUUCAAGAGGAAGAUGAUUAUGAUAAAAGUCAAAGCGAUAAUGAGUCUAAUGCCUUGCAGAGAUAUACUGAUACCUAUGACAUUAAUGAAAAUGAAGAGGCAAAAGAUCAAGAUACUGGAUAUUUCAAUGAAAACAACUAAAUGUAGCAAAUAAAGUAGCAAUAUUAAGAAGGGAGAAAUUGUAGUGAUAUGUUUAAUAAUUUAACUCAGGAAAGAGAUGAGUUACAUGCAAGCAAACUUAGUUCAUGCUACUUGCUUUAAGAUAAAAAUACAAUUCUGAUUGAAAACUAAUCUGAAAUAGAAAAUAAUUAGAUAAAAGCGACUUAAAUGCUAUUUCAGCAUUAGAAAAUGCUAAGUUAAAAUGAUGUAAAUCUAAAGAAUAUUUAAAAUGAUAACUAAGAUAGCCUAAGAGUUCCAUAAUAGAGGUUUAGCUAUCAAUAACUUUAAAUCAGAACUCAUACUCCUAUUGACAUAAGAAACACUGACAUAAUGGAAACUGACUAGCACAGCAAUAACAACACAAGCUUUUGUAGAUUAUCAUUAUCGAAAACUUCUGAAAUUGACUCUUAAUUCCUGAAAUAAAUUUCAACAAGACCUAGCAGUGGGGGCAAUAUAAAUCAGUUUAAGAAUAAUUUACAUUUGAGAAAGCCACUCUUCAUUGGCAAUUUUCAUUAUCAAGACGAUUUAACUUAAAAUAACCCUGAAGCCAAAAUAGAUUAGUUUAACCCGGAUUAAUAAUUUGAGGUAAAUGAUUAUUGUGAUAAAACACCAGUGAAGAAAAGCAUCUGUUAUAAAUCAAUUGGCAUAUAAUACGAUGAAGAUGAUACUAAUGAUAUGUCAAUGUUUCUGAAAGAAAACUAUUUGAAUGAGAGAUUCCCAACUAUAAUAGAAGAUGAAAAUAAGAGUAUGAAAAAGGAUAAUACUGAUGUGGACAGAAGAAUCAUGAAAGCCUAUAAUGCCAAUAAUAUAAAGCAUUUCACAGAUAAAAAGCCAUAAAAAUCUACAUCUCACAGUAUUUAAAAAGUCAGCAGAAAGUAUGAUAACAAUUAUGGGAAUAGAGGCUGUUGUGUAAGUGGAUCUCCAUCUCAAAGCGGUGAAAAUUGUAAUAUAUUUUGA